CAACGAUCCGACAUCAAAUUGCGUCGCCAACGCAUCAAUAAUGAUACCCGGGUUGAGACGUGGGAGAUUUUGCAAAUGACGGACCUCAAUAUUCAAAAGACUACAUACAUUGAGCUUGCCGAAAACCAUCAUCUUGCCUGUGUGUUGAAUCGAUUGGCAAUUCUUCGACCUGGGCCUUUGGGGCUUCCUCGACAUGUCGAUUUUCAGCAAAAUCUCCCUUUUGCAUGGAGAGAUUUUGAGAUGGGACGGACUAAUUGCUAAGAUGUUCUCGGUUUGGGUUACAACUGGGAAACUAAAGGCCAAUGCAGCGGUUCCUAGCUUAGGGGGCUUUAGAAAUAAGACUUAUCUAAGUCUUAUAUAUUUUUGGCCACUUCCUUAGUUGAUACUUACAGUUAGUCAAGGUUGCUCCAAAGACCAACCGUACCAGUUCACCUAGCUGGAUCAUACUGACCUCACGACCCUACAGCUCUUACUUCUAGAGAUUGACCUUACACACCUUGCUA